CCGGCGGUGGUCAUGUCAAAUCGCGAGAGCAGUUACCCAACUUAGCUAACUACAUUGUGUAUGCAGUGUAUUUGUAUGUUUUCGACAAUGUCACGAGUGCUUAUAGUUGGUGCGGGUCUCACGGGCAGUGUAUGCGCUUGUCUUCUCCGAAGAGAAAUGCCAAAUAAAGUAAAAAUUGUUGUGUGGGAUAAAUCGCGGGGAGCAGGGGGAAGGAUGUCCACGAGCAGGAGCCCCAGUAACGGCGCCUGCACAGCAGACCUUGGUGCUCAGUACAUAAGUGCUACGCCGUUCUACGCCCAAGUACAUCACAGCUUCUAUGAAGAAUUGCUUGCACACAGCAUUUUAAAGCCACUGGUGGCCCCUGUGGAAGGAGUGAUUACCAAGGAGGAGGGCCUACGUGAAUUUGUGACCCCGGAGGGCGUCUCCUCCAUCGUCAAACACUACCUGAAAGAGUCAGCAGGGGCCGAGGUGCAGUUUGAGCACCACGUCACCCACGUCCUCCGGAAGGGGGCAGGCUGGGAGGUGCAGCGGAAGGGCGGGACGCCGGAGACGUUCGACGCGGUGGUCCUCACCAUGCCCGUCCCCCAGAUCCUGCAGCUGCAGGGAGACGUGUGCUCCUUGAUUGACGAGAGUCAGCGGCGGAAGCUGGAGGCAGUGAGCUACUCUUCCCGCUACGCUCUGGGGCUCUUCUACAAAGCGGGCGCCCAGAUCGACGUCCCGUGGGCAGCAAAGUACAUCGCCGAUAAUCCCUGCAUCCGCUUCGUCUCCAUCGAUGACAAAAAGCGCAAUUUAGACUCUCCGGACCGCGGCCCGGCGGUGGUGGUCCACACCAGUGUGCCGUUCGGGGUCCGUCACCUGGAGGCAACCCAGGAGGAGGUGGAGCCACUGAUCCUCAAAGAACUUCAGAAGGUCCUGCCUGGGCUUCCCCAGCCAAUCAGCAUCAAGUUCCAUAAGUGGAGGUACUCACAGGUGAUGUCCGGCGUAGCUGAGAGCCCUGGGCAGAUGACGCUGUGUCCCAGCCCCCUGCUGGUCUGUGGGGGCGACGGUUUCACGCACUCCAACUUUGACGGCUGUGUGGAGUCAGCCCUGAAGGUCAUGGAGGUUCUGAGGUCCUCACUCUGAAGCAAGGGUCCUGCUUAAGCCGCCCUGCUCUGUGGGGUGGGGGGGAACAGAGACUCACAGGGUUUGGGCCCGCCCUGCUCUGUGGGGUGGGGGAUAGCAGUGACUUAUCCUUCUGCAGAGGAAGCUGCCCACUGCUCUGCUACAGUCUGUCCAGUCACGGUAAGCUGGUAGUUCCCUGACAGUCAACACGGAAGCCAUGGGAGAUGCACAACAGAGCUGCUUACAGAAGGACGCUAAAAACUUACAGAUCCCAGCACAUACCCAGGCCUUGUUCCUGGGGUUUCUACAGUGGUCAUCAUUAGCAUUCUCUUAUGGAUGUAUGUAAGAUGUACUAUAUAACAUGUUUCUUCUCA